UUGUCAAAAUUUUUUUACGAGUAAAGUGCCGCGCAUCUAACGACGGAAGAGAACUUUCUGUUAAUGUUUUCGCCUUUGCAACAAUCUUGAAAUCGAUCCACACUGCGACAAUGGCAAUUGUCUUAUGAGCCACUCUAGAUUUUGGAUUUAUUUUUUAAAGCGCAGUUAAUUAAAAAAGUGGAAAUAAGAAUUGAAUUUAUUUAAAUUCUCAGACGGGCGUUGCUAACAAAGAACACUCUUGCUUGUCAAGGAAAAGAAGGAAACGUUACAAUAGUAUAUAAUCAUAUUAUUUUGAACAAUGAGCAAUUUGAGCAAUUAGGCGAGCACUAAUGAGUCUCGGCCGAUCUGUUUUCGUCGAUGCAGGCUUUAAAUAGUCCGAGUGGUGACCAGGUGCGGUCACUUUUCUUUCGAGGACGAGGUUGUAGAGAUGCGUUCGAUUAUCAUCUUUUUGGCCUGCGUGGCCGCCGCUUUGGCCGCCACAACGCCAGUGCUGGAGCCUUUGGAGCCUGUGGUGCCCAUAGUGCCCGAGGUGCCCGAGGAGUUCAACGUGGAACGGUGCACGCAACGCUGCGUCGCCUACUCGGUAGUCAACCCAACCUACGUGCAGCCCUGCCUCGCCUCGUGCAACCUCCACCUGGGCAAGCGGAUCGAGGAGACGCUGAUGCGGUUGACUUCGGACACCGAGCCCACGGAACCCACCGACUACAAAGCGCUCUACAGGGACGGCGUGAUCCUGCAGAACCAACUGUUCAACCUGCGCAGGGCCGUCCAGCACCAGCACCAAACGCAGCAGCAGCCCUCGUUCGGCUCCUUCUUCCCCAAUUUGGGAUUCCUCUCGACCACCCCCGGAGUGCCGACGCCGUUCCAAGCCCCUGCCCAACCCCAGUACCCAGGCAUUUUGAUGCAGAUCACUGAGACGAUCACCAGCCUCCUGAACCAGGUGAUCAAACGUCAGCAGGAGAUCCUGCAGAUGAUCAUCGGUUGCAACUGCAUGACCAGCACCACUGCGGCCCCUGCCACUACCGCUGCCCCGACCACAGCCGCCCCGACCACGGCCGCGCCGGUCGUGAGGGCGGACGACACUUUGAAAGCGCCGAUUAAGCUGCCGAUCAAACUUCCCGAAAUUAUUAACGGGGCCAUUGACAUUUUGAAGCCGGUGGUUCCGGCCGUGGACAAAAUUCCUAGGCCUUAGAAAAUGGGAAAGUCGUCUUAUUAGGGUGGUGGUGCGCGGAAAAUUGCUGAUACGGGUUUCUUUUUGGGAAACUUGUUGGAGAGCUCAAGACUGGGGUGUGUUGAAUAAACCAAACUUGAAAUAAGAUAUCAAUGUACUUGGCGAAAUUUUUUUUUCCAAAUAUUGAAAGAUAUAA